AUGAAAGUGAAUAGCGUGAUACCAAUUCAAAUAUUUGAUAUAACAAGUAAAGAAGUAAAGAAAGGAUAUGUAAAAGAUUUCUUUUAUUCAGAAAUAAUUAAAUUAAAUGAAUCUACAUAUGAAUCACCUAAAGAUUUAAUAAAAUCAUUAGAAGAUCAUUCUGAUUGUGAGUUAGUUAUUUUAAUAGUAAAAGACAAUAUGAGUAAUGAAGAUAAAUUAGAAAUGAUUAAGAAUAUGUCUCAAUUCCAAGGAAUAUUGUUUUUAAAUUACAUUUAUGUCACAAUGUUAGGUUCAGGAUAUUUAAAUGGGCAUGUUUUAACAUUUGAUAAUAAAAAGUAUAAUUUAUAUCAAAUAAAAGAUAAUUCGAUAGAAAAAGAAACUUUAAAUAAUAUAUCAGAAAGUAUUGAUAGAAUAUUUAUUAUGAGAAAAACACUACCUAAAAACAGUUCAAUAGUGAUAGUUGAUAUUAAAGAUACAGAGUUAAUAAAGAAUUAUAUUAGAGAUAAUUACGUGACAUUCCCUGAAGAACUUUUAAUAUUUGAUUUAGAAAAUGAUUUAAAAUUUACAGGAACAUCAGUUUUAGGAACUAUUAAUAAGUUAUUAACAAUAUUUAAUGUUCAAAGUGAUUUAAAAUUUAAAGAUAAAAUAUUUGACAUUAAAAAAAUUAAUAAAUCAAACUUACUUUAUUUAGAUUCAGGUGAUCCUAAAAGUUUAGCUUUGUUAUUUCUCACGUGA